GCUGGAGCCGCCGCCGCUUCUCCUCCUCCUGCUGCCGCCUCGGCCGUUGAGCGGCUCCCCUCCCUCCCAUCCAGCCCCCUCCAUGGCCGAAGGGGCCCCGCCGAGAGCGUGAUGGAGGAGCCGGCUCGGAGUCGCCCGCCUUCCCCGCCUUCCCCGCCGCCGCUCUCGGCUUCCCGUUGCGCCCGCCGCCUCCGCCGCCUCCUGCCCGUCGGCGCUUGGCAGGAAGCCCGGGAGCUGAUCAAGAUCGGAGGGCCCGUGUUCACAGCCCAACUGUUGGGCUUCUUGAUCAGUGUGGUGAGCUCCAUCUUCUGCGGCCACCUGGGCAAGGUGGAACUGGAUGCCGUCACCCUUGCCGUCUCGGUCGUCAACGUGGUUGGCAUUUCGGUGGGUACCGGCUUGGCAUCGGUAUGCGACACCCUCAUGUCACAGACUUACGGGAGUAAGAACGUGAAGAGAGUCGGCACGAUCCUGCAACGGGGCAUCCUAAUUCUUCUCCUUUUCUGCUUUCCCUGCUGGGCCCUUUUCCUUAACACCGAGAGGAUCUUGCUGCUUUUCCGACAGGAUCCCGAAGUCUCCAGAUUAACCCACAUUUAUGUGAUGAUCUUUAUUCCUGCCCUGCCGGCCGCGUUCAUCUACCAGCUGGAAACACGUUAUUUGCAAAGUCAGGCUGUUCUCCUGCCUCAAGUAGUGACCGGCGUAGUGGUGAACGUGUUGAACGUGAUCAUGAAUACCAUUUUCCUGCACACCUUCAAACUGGGCGUGGUGGGUUCAGCCUGGGCCAACACCCUUUCACAGAACCUGCAAGCGUUUCUGCUCUUCCUCUUCGUCUGGUGGAAAAAGAUCCAUAAGGAAACCUGGGGAGGCUGGACGAUGGAGUGUUUGCAGGAAUGGGGUCCCUUCAUCCGGCUGGCCCUGCCCAGCAUGUUUAUGAUCUGCAUCGAGUGGUGGACCUUUGAGAUCGGGAGCUUCCUGGCAGGGUUAAUGAGUACGGUGGAAUUAGGAGCUCAGUCCAUCAUCUACGAACUGUCGACCAUCGCAUACUUGCUUCCACAGGGCAUGAGCGUGGCCUCCAGUGUCCGCGUGGGGAACGCCUUGGGCGCCGGGGAUGCUGACCAGGCCAAGAGGUCGUGCAUCAUGGCCCUCCUUUGCACCGGGGUCCUUGCGGUGGUUUUCGCGGCGCUGCUGGCGGCCCUGAAGGACGUGGUGGCCUACAUCUUCACGGACGACAAAGAAAUUGUUGCUUUGGUCUCCAAAGUUAUGCUGAUUUUCUCACCGUUUCACCUGUUCGAUGCCACAGCGGCCACUUGCGGAGGGGUGCUGAGGGGCGCCGGCAAGCAGAAAAUUGGCGCUAUCGCCAACGCGGUGGGCUACUACGUCAUCGGGUUGCCCAUCGGGAUUACGCUGAUGUUCGUGUACAAGCUGGGCGUCAUGGGCCUGUGGACCGGUUUAAUUGUCUGCAUCUCUCUGCAAGCCGCAUCCUUCUUGGUUGUCGUCUUACGCAUGAACUGGAAAAAAGCCGCCGAAGAGGCUCAGAUUCGAGCUGGACUAACAGUCAGACAAGGAAGUGCUGAGGAUUCUGUUAGUGCAGAUUAUCUUGCGAUGAAUUUGGAGGUGCCCAACGGAGAUACCCUCAGUUGUCUUGUCCAUCCGGGUGAAAACCUAGGGGAUCAUCAACCCUUUCCCAGUGAAGAGAUGCCCCAGUUUAUCACUUCUCCGACACCAGGUGCCUUAACCUGCAAGCAACUUCUUCUCCGGCGUGGACUGGCACUGCUGUUAGCAGUUGCCAUCUUGGUUUUGGGGGUUCUCAUCCAUCUUCUGCUCUGAGAACUGUACAGCAUGGGAGGACUGGACAGGGCAGCCUGUUGGAAGGGGAGACCUUCUCACCUCAUCAGUGUUCAUCCCAGAGGAUCUAAAAGUGAUCCAGCUUGGAUCUGAUCCCAUGGGACAGUUGCUCCUCUACCAUCGGCCUGGACUAACCCGCUGGACGUGAUUUCUCAACGUGAUGGAAAGACUUAACUCGCCUUUAAAGGUGUUUGGGAAAUCACAUUGGAAUAAAUCCAGGUGUUUAAAUUUUUUUUUUUUUUUUUUUUAAAUGGUGUUUUGUAUUUUAACUUUUUUGGAAUAAAAUAAAAAUAGAUAUUAAAAAAGAAAGAAAAAAACCCCACA